AUUGAAGUGUACAGUUGAACAUUUCAGUACAAUGGAAGUCAGAUGUUAAAUUUAAUUAUUGUGUCAUACACAGGGAUUCGCUCAGGGUUGCCGUCAGUGGAAGCUGAAAAAUGAUAUAUCAGAAUUUGUCAUAUCAAUAGACCAUCUUUGGAGGUAAUGUACCUACGAUUAAGGCAAACGGUCAAUGUCUGGUUUGAUUUCAUGAUAAGGUUACUGCCUUACACGACACGAGCCUAAAUGGUUUGACGUACCAUUUGAAUUGAAUGAGAGAGUAUCAUCCGAGUACGUUUGGAUGGAGAGCAUCGCUAUAGAUUAACAUGUAACAGCACUUCAGCCAUGGAUGUUCUAAAUAAACGUUCGAAUCGGAAGUUUAUCAUAGCCGGGGUAGUAUGCUGCUUGGUGACGUUAACGUUACUAACGCUGAUGACGCGUUUAGGUGGAACGUGCCAAAUCCACCACAGCCCCGUGCCUCCGUAUCUUGACAAAACAGCGCAAAUCAAACACCCCAGAAAAAUGGAUGAAAAUAAAAUUGAAGUUGAUGAGCUACUUCAAAAGAUACGAGUUAUAUCUGAUAAGAUACGCCAACUAGAACACAAAAUCGAGCCAUCAGAUCAAGAACUCGACGCUUCUAAUACGACCAACUGGAAUAACAAUUGGGAUAAAAUGGAGAACAUUAACCGAACAGUUCUCUACAAGACACACAUCACCCUUGUCGUUGGAGGAGAAUCUAAGGGUGGUCAAAUAACACCUAAAGGUCUUCGUCAAAUGAGUCAGACAGCCGUUGCUAUAAGAGAUAUAUACCAACAACGAACAGUCAGAAUCAUACAUGCGGAGGAUCAUUCUAGCAAAAGAUCUGCCAUUGAGAUAUCUCGAGUCACACAUGGAGUGAUUUCCCAGGAUUCAUUGCUAGAUGGAGGAUAUCCUGGGACACCCGACCCUGUAGUGAACGAAACAGCUUUACCAUUAAUGGAUAUCAGAGGCUAUGUAGAGUUUCGAGAUUCUGCGAGACUAGAAGCGGGAUUUAGACGGUUUAUACAUCACGGGGAGAAAAUGGAGUACGGAACAGUGCUUGUUGCACCGGAAGUUGUUGUUAAAUACUUCAUACUAAGGUCGCUUCAACUUCCGGUUUCAAUGUGGCAAAGACUCAGCUUGGAAACUGGGAGUAUUUCAACGAUAAGAGUCGAAGUACACCAUGGCGUCUUGGUCUCAGCUAUUGGUAGUAUAGGACAUCUGACAAAAGAGUAAAAUAUUUAAACUAAAUAGAAAUUCAAGACUGAUGAACCAGAUCUUGUGUUUUGAAAAUUUAUCGAUUAUUAAGGUUUUACACCAAUGGUCAUAUGUAAAGAAUAUUUUGCAUUUUUAGCUUUUAACACAGAUUCAAGCAAUU